AUGGUAGAUUCAAAAAGAGUGAUUCCAUUGGAGUCUAAUCCAAGUAUAUUUAAUUCUUUAUCGAAGAAGUUGGGCUUAUCACCUGUGCUUCAAUUUCAUGACGUUUAUUCCUUAACAGAUAGUGAGCUAUUAGCAUUUCUUCCUCAACCGGUAUAUGCAAUAAUUUUGUUAUUCCCAUUAACCAAGAAUUAUGAACAAUAUAGAAAGAGCUCAGAUAAAGAACAAUCAAAAUAUAAUAAUGAAAAAUUUAAUGAUGUUAAGUGGUUCAAGCAAACUAUAGGCAAUGGGUGCGGACUUUAUGCUUUGCUUCAUAUUUUGGCUAAUUUACCAGAUGACUUUAUUAUUGAUAACCUGAUUUUAAAAAAGUGUUUGUUGUCUCAGUUGAGCAAGAGUUUGUCCGUAAAGGAAACUGCAAACCUAGUUGAGCAAUUAGAAAAAAAUAUCCAGUUGGACUCUAAUUACGGUACGCAGGGCCAAACAGAAGCUCCCGAUGCAAGUGAAUCAAUAGACUUGCACUUCAUUACUUUUGUUAAAGGAAAAGAUAAUCAUUUAUAUGAACUUGAUGGAAGAAGAGCUGGCCCGAUUGACUUAGGUAUAUCAACUAGCCUGAACCAUAUUCUAGAUGAUUCUAAAUUAACUGAAAAGAUCCAAUUCUACAUGGAUAAUACUGAUGACGAGAAUAAACAUAAUUUUGCAAUGAUGGCUAUGGGUCCCUCCCUUGAUUAG